AGGAACUUCAGCGGAGUGCUCCCUCUUCUCAAACAACAUCCAGCCGCAGAGCAGCCUCCUUCCUCCAGCUCUGUUUACCCUGUCUGUUUAACCUUUCUGCCCCAGUUGGACCUACUUGUUCGGAUAACCCCUCUCUUCCAGCCGGGUAUGAAACCGUAGUAGAGCCGCGACGCAGCCGGAGCACCGAGAAGCGGACUCCUCUCUCGCCUCCUGCCGCCUCCUCCUGCUGGAGCUGGAGAGAUGCCCGGGGCAGGAUGUGCUCCAGCCGCAAGAUCCUGUGGAGCCUGCUCCUGCUGUCCGUGGUGGAGGUGGGCUUGGGUGUGGCGAGCAUCGUCCUGGGAGCCGUGGGCAUCAGCUGGGUCCGGGGCGAGCACAAGCCGCAGCAGGGCGACGCGUCCCCGGUGUGGAGCGGACUCUGUUUUCUGGUCUGUGGGAUGUGCGGAGUGCUGUGUGCUCGCAAGAGGACGGGUCUUAUUAUGAUCCUGUUUUCAGCGUGCUGUAUCUGCGGUCUGAUUGGUGGGAUCCUCAACUUCCAGUUUGUUCGGGCACUGAACAAACGACCUGACUCCAUGCAGUCAAUCCAUCUGGCUGCCAUGACUCUGGCCUGUCUGGGGAUCUCUUCCUGUACCUUAUCCACGUGGCUUACCUGUCGCCUGGCCAGCUCCGAGCAGCAGAGGAUGUUCCUGGAGAGGGAGCACUCGCUGCACCACUCGCACGAAAUGACUGAGAAGGAGAUCCUUGACAACUCCAGUAACGGCAUUCCUCAGAUCUCCUACAACGGACACGCCACAGCGUCACCAUGACAAUGUGUCACCAAAGACGGCUUGCACACACUUAAAUAGAGACGGUUCACGAAUCGCUUGCUAUCAGGCGACAAAUACAGCAUGUACUUCUUUCUCCACAUCCUGCGGCAUACGCAGUGUCUAUAUCCUGACCGCAGGGAGCGAAAGCAGGGAGGCCUUUUCUGGGCCGCUGGAGUAAAAGGACAUUUCAACAACAAAGGGAAGGUGUUUGUGCUUCUGAACGAUUAUGCAAACACGAGUUCAAACCCCCUCUGAUCAACUCCAACCAAAGCCGCGAGGGAGAGCUGCCAUUUGGGUCAUGAUUCAGGUGACAAACAUCUGCGUGACAUCAUCUGACCUUUAAACCAAUAAGCAGGAUAUUUUAUAAUGCAAUGAGAUGCCUCAAUGUGAUGAGCACAAACAGAGCAUGCAGCUGAUUCACUUGAAGAGCUACUGCUAUUUCAGACUCAGUGUCUUUAUUCCCUCUCUCUGUCUUGUUAAGGAUUUAUGGAAUGCAGAUCUUGAGAUAGCCCACAGUAAACUGUAUGUAUUGUCCGAUAAUGGAAUGCUUUGAUAUGAAAUACAGUGAUGCGCAAUGUACUGUACCAUAAGUCUAUGCUUGUAUAUCAGGAAUCUAGUCGUACCUAUAAAUCAAACAUAUUUUUAUAAAUGCUUCUUAUUAAAGUGAAUUCAAUUAAAGU